GAUAUAGUAUUACAAUUCUACACAUUUGUUUAUUUUCCCAACAGAAUCAUUAUAGAUAUGUAUAUGGUUUAAAGUUAUUACAUUCUGAAUAAGUAAUUAAGUCUUGGUAAAUAAUGUAUUUUCACAGUUGUAAUUGUAUCUCAUAUGUUUAAUUUCAGAGUUGUUAACAUCUUUCAACAUAAGUUCCAAAUAGUUUUCUGGUGAAACACGUAUCCCAGUUUUUGGGAAUAGUCUUCUGUAGAAGUUCUAAACCGUUAUUAAACAUUAUGGCACACUAUAAAGGAGCAGCCAGUGAAGCUGGCCGUGCAAUGCAGUUAAUGAAGAAGAGAGAAAUUGCUCAGCAAGAAAUAGAAUUAAGAAAAAAGAAAAUAGAAGAUGAUCUGAAAAUACAUAACAUAGAAAACAAAUUUGCAACUCAUUAUAAUGCUGUUGAACAACAGUUGAAGACUUCUACUAUUGGAUUAGUCACUUUGAAUGAAAUGAAAGCAAAGCAGGAAAAUAUAGUAAAAGAACGCGAGAGGAAACUUGCGCAAAAGGAACGUGAAAAGGAACAAGAAAAGGAACGGGCUCUUGCAGCUAAACAAGCUGAAAAAAAUAAGCAGAAGAAACAAAUACAAGCUUUAUCAUUUAAUUUAGAUGAAGAUGAAGUAGAACUUUCUGAUGAGGAAACAGAAUCAAAGGUAGAGAAAUCAAAAGAUGAUGAUGAUGAUGAUGAUAUUGGGCCUCUAGUAAAAAAAAUAAAGAAGAAUCCAGAUGUGGAUACAAGCUUUUUACCUGAUAGAGAAAGGGAGGAAGAAGAAAACAGAUUAAGAGAAGAGCUGAGACAAGAAUGGGCUAGAAAACAAAAUGCACUAAAAGAAGAAGAAAUUGAAAUUACUUUCAGUUAUUGGGAUGGUUCUGGACACAGAAGGAGUGUUAUCAUGAAAAAAGGUAAUUCCAUCUAUCAGCUCCUUCAAAGAUGCUUGGAAGUUUUACGACGCGAAUUUAGUGAACUUAAAACAGUGAUGGCUGAUCAGUUGAUGUAUGUUAAAGAAGAUCUAAUACUACCGCAUCAUUAUACAUUUUAUGAUUUUAUUGUAACAAAGGCAAGAGGAAAAAGUGGACCUCUCUUCACAUUUGAUGUUCAUGACGACAUUCGUGUGAUGCAUGACGCUUCUGUGGAAACAGAAGAAUCUCACGCUGGAAAAGUGUUACUUAGGUCUUGGUAUGAAAGAAAUAAACAUAUAUUUCCUGCUAGUAGAUGGGAACCUUUUGAUCCAACAAAAAGUUACGAUAAAUAUACGGUAUCAGAUAAAAAUAGGAAAAAGGAUAAAAUUUAAUGGAAAAGAAAUUAUAUAGGAAGUAAUUGUACAAAGAAAUUAAUAAUUCAUAUUGUGUUCAGUAAAGAAAAAUUUAUCGUUUUAGGAUAAUUUCAAUAUUGUAGAUAUUACAUUUUUAAAAUAUAUAAUUAAUUUUUAUUAUAUAGCAAGAUCGGUAUUAUUUAAACUAGAAGUUAAACGUUAAUACAUAUCUAGUAUAUUUAAAAUAAUGUACAUACAAAAUUUCAUAAAAUAAUACACGUGCUGUAAAUAGUA